AAUCUAAUUAUUUCAAUUAAGGCUAAUUAAAAGUAAUCAAUUAAUUUCAAUUAAAUUUAAUUAAUCAUCCUUUCAAUCUAUGACGUGCAAAGGACAAGGAGCAGUGGAACCUGAAGUUGCUGAAGCCUGCAGUCUACGGAGAGCUCUCCACUGGGUUCAGUCCCUUGCAUUUGGAAGAAUUAUAGUAGAAUCUGAUUGCGCAACCAUUGUGUUAGCAAUCACCAGUGAAACCUUCAACAUGAACUCCAGCUUAGGCCUCAGUCUUCUUGAUUGCAAAGCACUGUUGGUCUCUUUCGAGUCGUGCCGGUUACAACAUGUCCGCCGAACUGCUAAUGCUGCUGCUCACGAGCUCGCACGAAGAGCACUUACUGCUGAGGCUGAUGAGUUCUGGGUGGAUGACAUACCAUUUCCCAUUGAGCAUAUUGUAACAGGAGAUCAAUCCCUUAUGGCCUUAUCUGAAUAUCUCCCAACAGCAAAAGGAAAUCAAACGCAGAUCUCAAGCAAAUUUCAUAUGCAGCAAACAAACAACCAAUAAUGAGGCAAACAACUCCAAUACUCUUAGAUUAAUAUCAUCAUUUACAAAAAUGCAGCCAACAACAAAACAAAACAAAACAUGAAUAUACUUUCCAGAAAAAUUAAACGGCAGAACUUCCUACAGCCCAAAAAUUAGGCCCAAAUCGUUCCCCUCACUGCCGCCAAAAAAUUCCUCUGUUUAGGAGAAUACCCACAGGAGACGAGACCGGCGAUUGAUAGGAGAAAGGAGGAUCUUACAACUGCCUGGCUGCUGUGAAAUGGAGAAGAUAAUCUGCAGCUGCUGCGAGACGGAGAAGGUGGAUUGAACAGCAGGGAGCUAUCCACAGAUGGUCCUAUAGCCCGUAAGAAGAGAAAUUAAGAAGGAACCCAAGGCGUACUACUGACAGUGUGUGGUUGUAGUGAUGAAAAGGUGAUGCUCGUGGAGGUAGAGGUGGAGAUGUAGAUCGGAGGUAAAAAACGGAAGGGAUGGUGGUGGUAGCGGCAAGUCAAAAGGGAG